UACGGUCACCAAACUCCAUUUGUAGAUUUUUUCUCAUUCUCUCACAUUUUUUCUAGCUGCAACCAAGCAAAACCCAAAGAAAAGGCAAGGAAAAGAAAAGAAAAGAAAAGAAAAGAAAAAGCUUUGAUUUUUUUUAAAAAAAUCUUCAAGUAAAAAAUAAAAGUAAAGGCACCCGAUUUUUCUGCUUCCUGACCCCAUCUUUCAAAAGAAUUUCCACCAAGGUUGCUUGUGUUCCUCUCAUCAAUUUUCGUCUGAUCUACACGAAGGGAGAGGAUAAGAGGACUGGAUUUAACUUUUCUUUUUUUUCUUUUUUUGGUGUUUUUGUUAGGAUAUUUAUUUGGUUUUCUUAGGUUUUCGAAAUAAUGAGAACUUCGUGGGCAGAUUCUGUAGCAAACUCAGCAUCUGAAAUUGCAGUUUCAGACAAUAGCUACGUACCUCGUCCAACUCGAUCCACUUAUGUCCCGCCCCACCUUCGUAACCGUCAAGCUUCGGACGCACCUAAUCUGCCAGGUCCGGCUACUGAGAGGGCAGCUUUUACCGGAACCGCUGGUGGGUCCCUGGGCUCCCGAUGGAGCAGCGGCCCGCCUAAGCCCGAAAUGGGGCGGCCUGGUCCGGGUUAUGGUUACUCUGGAGCUGUAGCUGGACGAGGUGGCAGCGGCGGUGGUUGGAAUAAUAGAAGUAGAGGUUGGGAUAGGAGAGAAAGGGAAGUGAACCCAUUUGAUGAUGAUGUUGAUGAUAAGACUGAUGAUGCCGAACAAGCUUUUAGUGAGCAAGAGAAUACGGGGAUUAACUUUGAUGCUUACGAGGAUAUUCCGGUGGAAACCAGUGGUGAAAAUGUACCCCCUCCUGUAAAUACAUUUGCCGAAAUAGAUUUAGGGGACCUGUUGAAUCAAAACAUUAGAAGGUGCAAGUAUGUGAAACCCACUCCCAUUCAACGCCAUGCUAUCCCUAUAGCAUUAGCUGGAAGGGAUCUAAUGGCUUGUGCUCAAACCGGGUCAGGGAAGACAGCUGCUUUUUGCUUUCCAAUUAUUAGUGGCAUUAUGCGGGAGCAGUAUGUUCAGAGACCGCGUGUAGCACGAACCGUUUACCCUCUUGCUCUCAUUCUAUCACCCACCCGGGAGCUUUCUUGUCAGAUACACGACGAGGCCAAAAAGUUCUCAUACCAAACUGGUGUCAAAGUGGUGGUUGCCUAUGGAGGAGCACCAAUUAAUCAACAGUUGCGAGAGUUGGAGAGAGGAGUUGAUAUUCUUGUGGCAACUCCAGGACGAUUGGUUGAUUUGCUAGAGAGGGCUAGAUUGUCAUUGCAGAUGAUUAGGUACUUGGCCCUUGAUGAGGCAGAUCGGAUGCUUGAUAUGGGUUUUGAACCACAAAUCAGAAAGAUAGUGGAGCAAAUGGACAUGCCUAAUCGGGGUGUGAGACAGACAAUGCUGUUUAGUGCCACCUUUCCAAGAGAGAUACAGAGACUUGCCUCUGAUUUUCUUUCAAAUUACAUAUUCUUGGCCGUUGGGAGGGUUGGUUCAAGUACAGAUUUGAUUGUUCAAAGGGUUGAAUUUGUUCAUGAGUCUGAUAAGAGGAGCCAUCUCAUGGAUCUUCUGCAUGCACAGAGGGAAAAUGGAGCUCAUGGCAAGCAAGCUUUGACAUUAGUUUUUGUGGAGACCAAAAAGGGAGCUGAUUCAUUGGAAAAUUGGUUGUGCAUUAAUGGAUUCCCAGCGACAACCAUUCAUGGUGAUAGGACUCAGCAGGAAAGGGAACUGGCAUUAAGAUCUUUCAAGACUGGAAAGACCCCAAUUUUGGUAGCAACUGAUGUGGCUGCUCGUGGUCUUGAUAUACCCCAUGUAGCUCAUGUGGUCAACUUUGAUCUUCCCAAUGAUAUUGAUGAUUAUGUCCAUCGGAUUGGAAGGACAGGGCGUGCUGGUAAAUCGGGGUUGGCUACAGCUUUCUUUAAUGAGGGCAAUUUGUCCCUGGCAAGGCCUCUAGCUGAGCUGAUGCAAGAAGCAAGUCAAGAGGUACCUGCUUGGCUCACUCGUUAUGCAUCCCGAGCUCCUUAUGGAGGUAGCAAAGGUCGACGAUCUGGGGGAGGGCGUUUCGGUGGACGUGAUUUCAGAAGGGAAAGUUCAUUUGGUAAGAAUCUGGAUUACUACGGUGGAGGAGGGAAUAGUGGUAGUGGAUAUGGAGUUCCUUCUAGCAAUUAUGGUGGAGGAUAUGCUCCCGGGGUGACAAGUGCUUGGGAUUAGGUCACACUUUAUACUGGAUUAACUUUUUGCAUGUUUGUCUUGAGUAUAUAUAUAUUCCUCCCUCGGGGAGAAUAAUUUUUCUCAAAUUCCAUAUUUAUCUGGAUUCUAACAUAGGAUAUAUAUUAAUGAGGGCCCCCAUAGGAUUGAUAUUGUUUGUUAAUUGAUAAUGCUGUCGUUGGGAUAGUGACAAAGGAAACUAACCAUUUAAGUGUGUCUACGACUGGUUCACUGAUAAGGAGGUUGUGGUUAACAUUUUAGGGCUUGGGGCGCCUUAGUAGCUUAGGAGGACCCUAGGUUGCAAUGUUGGUAUGGUGUGCGUGUGUGGUAAGGUACGUACAUUUGCAACCAAAUUAUGGGUGAGUGGUGAAAGAAGAGAUGGGCGUAUGGCUGUGAGUGAUUACUUUUAAUUUUUUUUUAAACUUCCUUUUGUGUAAUUAGCUAUGUUUUUGCAGAGUAAACUUUUGCACAAUCCAAUGUUUUCAGAAUGAUGAUGUGUGUUUUGGAAAUCAA